CUGUAUCAUAUAGUUUUUGAAAAUAAUAUAAAAGCAUGGUUCGUUUAAAAUCAAGGUAUAAAUGUCUGUUUUGUACUGUUAUAAUUUUCACAAGAAAGCAUUUUAACCCAUUAGGUUGCAAUAGACCAUACUUUUUUACAUUUACUCUGUCUAUUCACCAGACAACUUUUUUGAGUGGCAACACUCUCCCCUUGCAAGUAAAAUCGUCUGGUGUUUAUAAACAGCGUAAACUAAUAACGUAGGUUGCACUGCCACUUAAAGGGAAGGGUUAAAAUGGGAAUUUUAAGUGUCAGAUGCUAUUAAAUGGUUAAUAUUUGUGUUUGACCUAGAUAUUUGUUAAUGGAAAUACGAUUUGAAGAUGGUUUAGUCGACCAGUCGCUGAGUUCAAGCACUGUAUACCAUGAUAUAUUGCGAUCAGUUGAAAAUACAUAUGGUGACUAUGGGUUUGGCUGUAUCAAAAUGUCAUUUAAAGGUAUCGUUUGAAUAUGACUGGAAAGUACAUCACCUUGGGUUUUCAUGAUCGAGAUGUUUGGCUAAUUGACUUUAAUCAAUGUCCCACACGAAAACGAGGUUCUAUAGCCAAAGUGACAUACUUUCCGGAAUGGUGUUUUGCAGGGUGAAAAUGACAUGCACCAAUUGAGACAUGCACUCCACAAUCUCUUGCAAAAUAAAACGUGCCAUGAUCAUGAAUUUGUAAGGCUUAUCUCCCUUUCCCCCAUCCAAUGUUGCGAUUUGAAGUCGAAAUUGAAAAGGAAGGCCUGAAACAGUGCUAACAAUCACUAACCAACAUUGAGAAGGGUGCGGGAGCAUGGAGUGUCUCGUUUAUUUUGCAUAGGAUUGUAGCUAGGUUCCUUUAAUCAAAAAUGCUUAAAUUGAGAAAUAAUUGGCUGUAAUUUCUUUUAAUUGACAGUGAAAUAUGUGAAUCCAUUUACUGGAGUUGUCUUUGUCAAGUGCAGCCGAGAUUACUACCGUAUGCUGUGGCAUGCUGUCACGUUUUUGAAAGAAGUCAAUGGAAGACAAUGUUCGAUGAAUACUCUUCAUUUGGCAGGUACUGAAAAUUGCCAGAAGACAGUGAACACUGAUAUUUUCAGAAUUUAUUGAAUUUACUACUUUGACAGAAUAUGAAAAGGGUCAUUCCAGAAAACAUCCAUACCUCCCCCAGAGGGAAAAGUUACCCUCCCCCCCCACCUACAUGGGUGUCCUAGUAUGCUUACUAUUAUCAGAAACAAACUUUCCUUCUCCCCUUCUGGAUGGCAGAAAUCUCCUCCAUGGGGGGAGUGUGGAUCUUUUCUGGAAUGACCCAAUGUAGCCAGCUCCCCCAAGAAGAGCCGGCCACGCUGGCUAGACCCAAUGUGGUGAUGGAAAUUCUAUUCCAUUUAAAAAUACUUUCUUAUUGACAAGUAAAAUUUUGCAGAUUAACAAAAAAUUACAAAGUGGGGCACAUAGUGUAGUCACUUAAUGGGUUAAUAAGUUAAUUACAUACUAUAAUUUCUUGCUUACUCUUAGGAACAAUAAAUUCCUGUCAAAGAUUCCUUGUCAAACACAACAAAAAACAACUUCGAAAAAUGUUGGCCCAGUGCAAAACACCAGGUAAGAAUUAAAUACCAAAUAUUUUGUUGACACAUUAAUGCCCUGGGACUGGUUGUUCUAAGGUGGAUCGUCACUAACCGUGGUUAAAAUUUAACCAGCUGUUUUGGUUUACCAGUAUGUACUAUGUAUGUAUGCACAUGUUUAUUUCAAAACUUCAGAAAUUUAAAGUAAACUCCUUUUGAUCCAGACAAGAUUUCUGAAGAUAUAUUUCAAAAUUUAUUGACAAGCUGUUGGGAAGUUUGCUUUAAUUAAAUUUUAGGUUAACUUCGGGUUAGCUUAUUGGCUUUUGAACAACCGGCCCCUGGUGUUAGAUAACCUGAGUAAGAUAGUUAGGGCUAUGCAAAUCUCAUGGCCUGCAAAUUAUCAAUGUUUAUAUAAUAUUUUUCAUUAUCAGCUGAAAAGGGAAAGAUUUCAAAGAUGCUCAAACAAUUGCCAUCGGCAAAGUCUAUGGAGGACGAAAAGAAAAAGAGACAAGGAGACUUAGCUUUGAAACAUUUGACUGGUUGAAAGCAUCAGUUCAAGUUUUGUUAGACAAACUUGGUUGCAUGCAGUUGAGGAGAAAAAGUUGAUUUAUAACCAGCCAACAACAUUUGGUAGCAUUGGAAACAGUUUAGGAUCUGCUUGUGAUUGGGUUUGCAGCAUCCUUCUUCAUUUUUAACCAUUUGUGUCAAAUGUUUCGACAACCCUGGCUCUCAAUUCUCCAAUCUGUCAUCUCCCUCCUCAAUCUCUUUCAAAUUAAGAACUUCCAGCGUGCCCUUCCCUCUCGUUUGUGCGGCCAUUACCUCAUUAAUGACUCGGAAACAGCCAGGGUCUAUCAGACAAACCUAAAGAACAGUGAAUUGUAAAAUAUUAUUCGAGUGUUUGACUAGUAAGAGAUGUAAUCAUGUAUUUUAUUGAAUUAUAAUUCUGUGACACUUACUAUUUCUAAGUCACCUUCCCAUUCCUCACUCUCAAUGCUCGUAAAAUUUGAUCUUAGUUUUUCCAAAACCUGUUUGGCGUCUUUCUGUGGCAACGUUAAUUUGAUUCUCAUUUGUGCUCUAUCAAUUGGCAUUACAUCUGCAUCUUUUAUCUGCCGAAUGACUUCUAAUGCCUG